UGGGUGGAUUUAAUUUAACCGUUAUUUUUUUUUAUUACCUCAGAAACUUACUUUCUCUUUAUAGGAUCUCUUUAUUUAAUACUAGUCUAAUGCUCUCGUUCGGUUUAACAAUAAUCCGUCAUGGUGAGACACAAUACAACAAGAAUGGACUGCUUCAAGGUCAGGGAAUAGACACUCCUCUGUCUGAAAUUGGUGUGCAGCAAGCUGAAGCUGCCGGCGAGUACCUGCAAGAUGUUCACUUUACUAAUGUUUUUGCCAGUGACAUGAAACGUGCCAAGCAGACUGCUGAAAUUAUUGUAAGGAAAAAUAAGACAUGCAGCCACGUAGACCUUGUGACAGUUCCAGCUCUUAAAGAGAGGAGCUUUGGUAUUGCUGAGGGAGGCCUAGUGGAGGACAUGAAGAACAUGGCUAAGGCAGCAGGCCAGCCUAUCCCAGAGUACACACCUCCGGAUGGAGAGACAAUGGAUCAGGUGAAGAACCGGAUCAGCUCGUUCCUUAAAUCUUUGUUCCAGCAGAUGGCGGAGGAGCAUCACGACAAAAUACAUCAAGGUGAUACAAUUCAGAAAGAUGGGCCUCUUGCGGGUUACCCGGAUGACGGAGUCCAGAAUGUGUUUCCUCAUGCUCUUGUGGUGAGCCAUGGUGCCUACAUGCGGGUGGCGAUGCGCUAUUUCAUUGAGGACUUGGCGUGCACUGUGCCUCCUGGAGCAAACAUGGCUCAGGUAUUUUCAGCCUGCCCAAACACAGGAAUGUGCCGAUUCAUAGUGACUUUAAAGUGCUGCAAUCCAAACAUUCAAAUGUCUGCCAUGAAGUGUGUAUUUGUCAAUCGCAGAGACCACAUCGUGACUGAAAACAACUAAAGCAAAGUCAUUCAUGUAUAAUUAAAUUUGCAAAUGCACUGUGGACCACUUUUGUUUGAAGAAAACAGAACAUACCCAUUGCAAUUAUUUGUAUUCACUGAAUUCAGUGCUUUCUGAUGAUCCUCUGAAUCAUAGCUUAUGAAGAAAAUGGGAUAUUUUUGGCAAUGGACAGAAAAGAGCUGUUUUCAUGGGUGGAAUACUACUUUCUGAUCCAUAUGUGAAAUACAUUAAUUGUCAAAAAAAAAGUAUAUUUUAAUUCAGAUAAAAUUAAUGAAGAAAAAAAAAAAAUGAAUACAAGUCCAGCUUCAUUGCAGCAAUGCUAAAUUUUGCACAGAAGAAAAAACAGUGCCGCAUCCCGUGACAGUAAGUGCAUGACGGAAGUCAUAAAGCUAAUGAUGCACAGCUUUUGUUGUUACUGGUUAAUGGGGCUUUAAAUAAAGCUCAUUUCCCCGCUUUUUCCAGAGACAAGUUUAUGCCAGAAAGCACUAAACCUCUGGAUGAUAAAAAAAAAAAAAACUUGUACUCUGUGUUAUACCUUUAUGAAUUCCCACGCCAACACCUCUCCAGAUUUAUAACAUCCUCGAUUAGAGGGUUUUUUUUUUUUUUUUUUACACAAAGCUACUAUUCUCUUGUGUAACUCACUCUCAGUACGUGCACUUGUCAGAUUCUAUAAAUGUUCACAAUUUUUACUGACCUCAAUAAACAAUAUU